GUGCAGAAUUGGAGGAUCUGCCACCAGCUUACGUGAUACAGCCAUUUUGGACGUGUCUCGCCCUGUUAUGCCUCCGCCACGAGCAUAGCAUAUCCUUCCGCUCCUUUACACCAGGCUGUUAUCAUGCGUGUAUCGUACACGCUCCUGCUUUUUUGCAUUCUCAGCGUCGUCUACGCGUCAGCAGGAGAUCGAGCAGAGCACUACAGCAACUGUGUAUCAAAAUGCGAGUCUCGCGUAUGCGGGGACAACUAUAACAUCUGGGCAAGCACCGUGUCCCUCCCGAUGCAGCUCACGAGGUGGACGUGCGUUGACGACUGCAAGUAUGGCUGCAUGCAUGCCAUCACGGACCAUGCUCUGCAAAACGCGCUGCCAGUCCAGCAGUAUCACGGCAAAUGGCCAUUCUGGCGACUGGCGGGCAUGCAGGAGCCUGCAUCUGUCGCAUUCUCCAUGCUCAACUUCCUUGCUCACUACAGAGGGUGGCGGAGGAUGCAGAGGUCGAUACCCGAUAACCAUCCGAUGAAGAGUUAUUACCGACGCUUCGCGUUCGUCAGUAUGAACGCCUGGGUCUGGUCAUCGGUCUUCCAUACUCGAGAUCUCCCUGUGACCGAGAAGAUGGACUACUUCUCGGCGGCACUAGCCAUCCUUUAUGCCCUCUACUACACAGCCGUGCGGCUGUUCCACCUCUAUGCGACCGAGGUCAACGGGUACGAAGUACGGCGAACUUCAUCUGCGCCGUAUAUUGUGUGGUCAUGUCUUUGUUCCCUCGCCUACCUCGCGCACGUCUCCUACCUCACCCUCCUUCCACGAUUCGACUACACAUACAACAUGGCGUUCAACCUCACACUCGGUAUGAUCCACAACCUGCUCUGGCUGGCAUACUCACUACCAUCCUCCAUACCCCUCCUCCGCCGGUUCCCGCACAAACUACGGUCCUACCGCCCGCCGUACGCGUCCGCUGCGGCGCUCUUCGUCAUGUUGACCUUCUUCGCGACGUCUCUCGAGCUCUUUGACUUCCCUCCGUGGGCACGUAUCAUCGAUGCUCACUCGCUGUGGCACCUGUCGACAGUCCCUAUUGCGAUGUUCUGGUACGACUUCCUGGUCUCGGAUGCCCUCGAUGCAGGAUGGAAGGUCGAGAAAUCUUAGGAAAGAAAUCGCUUCGCAUGUCGCACUCCAUGAUACAGGUGUGGCGUGCGAUCCUUGCGCAAUCGCCAUAACGUCCUGUAGUCUGUUACAAUAUUGGCUGGCAAUAUCAGUCGUGGCGUCCCGGUAAUGAGUACAUUCUACGUAAGUGAUACAU